UCAAAGCUAACGGGGUUCAUAUUGUUAUGAUUUUUAAUGUACUGUGUUGGUGUAAGUGAAAAUAACUUGCAUGUGUGUGAACAAAAUAAGUUUUCAAAAUGAAGGGAGUGUUGUUUUAUUUCAUCACUACUGCGGGUUUUCUGAGCGUGUCAUCAGAAACGCGAUGUAGUCUGGAAGACCAAGCAAGCUCCUGUGUGUAUACUGUCGUGUGCGAUGAACAUCCAGGCAGUGUUCAGAACCCAAAUUGCAACGGGAACCCGUACGUCGUUUUCCGAAUGCAGCACUCUUACACCGAUCUGAUGUCGCCCGGUUUUUUCGGAGCAACCAACUUCGACUCGCGAGUACGAGAAUUCGAAGCCACAGGCAACACUUGGACAAGAAUAGACAAAGAAACGUUCCGAUACUACGCCAAAACUCUGAAGAUGAAUCUCACUAGCAACAGCAUAACAUUCAUAAACAACAACGCGUUCCUUAAAUUGAUCAACCUGCUGACUUUAGAUCUAUCGCACAACCAGAUAGAAGAGCUCACAUCCAAAUCGUUAAUAACGUCUGAAACCCUCAAUUCAGAACUCAAGGUUCUCGACAUAUCUCAUAAUAGACUCAGUAGAUUGGCCAAUGAUGUGUUCAACAUGAUGCCAGAGCUGCUCGCUUUGCAACUACAAAAUAAUAAAAUAACUGAACUAUCAGAUGAUAUUUUUACAAAUUUGAAAAAAUUGAGAUUGCUCGAUUUAAGUAACAAUAAACUCUCGUUUUUAAAUAUGACUCUAAUUAAUUUGAAGAAUUUAGAAACACUGUAUAUUACUAAUAAUGAGUUGAAAAUAUUAAACGGCUUUGAACUCAAUCGGUUGUCUGCACUGAAGAAACUUAACUUGUCCAAUAAUUUAAUUGAAUCUGUGGAGUCAAAUUGUUUUACUCAGGCAUUAAAUUUGGAAAUAGUAGAUUUGAGUAAUAAUCGAAUUAAAUCAGCGAUAGAGAGUGUAAUGUUCAUAAAUAAUGUUAAUUUGAGGCAAGUAUUCCUGCAGAACAAUUAUGUAACACAAUUGCAGGAAAAUUCUUUCAAGCAUAACAAUUUGCAAUCUUUUGAUCUUAAAAAUAAUAAUUUAUCAAUUUCAAUUACAGAAUCGACAUUCGCGGGUCUGAAAAAAAUUACCGAAUUAGAUUUAAGCAAGCAGAGUAUAAUAAGCUUAAAAAAUCAUUCGUUUUCUGAUAUGUUGGCUUUGGAGUAUUUAAAUGUAAGUGUAAAUACAAUUGAAGCAGUAGAAGUUUUAGCUUUUGAAAAUGUCAAUAAUAUUAAAUUAUUAGACCUGUCUCAAAACAGGCUUAAAAAUUUAGAUUUUUUGUCAAACACUUUGAAUAACGUUACUAAACUUUAUUUGCAUCAUAAUAGUUUAGACUCCUUAAAAUCUCAUACGUUUAAAAAUCAAGUAGAAUUGCAAAUAUUAGAUAUAUCGUAUAAUAAGAUAAUUCGAAUAGAAGAAUUUUCUUUGCCACUAAAUAAACUCCAAUAUUUAAAUAUCACAAAUAAUAAUUUAGGAGGUCCGAUAGCCAAAAAUGUUUUCAGUCCAGCGAAAUAUUUGAGGUAUCUCGAUUUGAGUUCUCUUAAUUUUACAAGAAUAGAUGAAAGUGCUUUUAUAGAUAUGCCAAAUUUAGCAUGGAUUAAUAUUUCUAGAAAUGUUAUUGGAAACGUUUCUCCUGUAAAUUUUGUAAAUCUUCGCAACAUGUAUAGCUUAGAUCUGUCCGAUAAUGUAUUAAAAGUAUUUAAUAUUAACAGUGAUUUAAAUGAUUUAAAAUCUUUAUACUUAGGUCGUAAUAAGUUAAAUGAUCUUCCUAAUGUGAACACAACAAAUCUAAUAUACUUGGAUCUAUCGUUUAAUAAUAUAUCAAACUUAAUAAAUGACAAACUAUUGAGCAUGAAAAACUUACAAACACUUUAUUUAAGUGACAAUAAAAUUGAGUCAUUUAACAAUAAGUAUACUAAUGCUCUUACAGAUCUGGCUAGCUUAGAGUUAGGUAACAAUUUAAUUUCCAAUCUAAACGCAAGCUAUUAUCCUAAAAUGAUCAAUUUAGAUGUACGAAAUAAUUCUAUAACUACUUUAGAUGGUUCUAAUUUCAGAGCUUUGCCAAGUAUACAAGCUUUGGAUUUAAGUCUCAAUAAAAUAAAAGUGAUCCCUCCAGGAACAUUCCAAUACUUAAAGAAUUUGAAAUUGUUGAAUAUUUCGUCUAAUCUUAUAGCAGAUAUUCGUUACGGUUGUUUCAAGGGUCUCGAUAAUUUAAAAACACUCGACCUAUCCAGAAACAAUUUAGCUAAAAUAGAAUUAGAAGUUUUACAUGAGUGUAACGAACUUCAAAAACUCGUUAUCGAUUUUAAUUUUAUAAAAGAGAUAGAUAUAGACAAACUAAUCAAUGUCGUACCAACGAUGAAACAUUUAAGUUUAGGGGGGAAUUUGCUCGAUUGUAAGGAAGUCGUGAGAAGCGUUAAGGCUUUUAAAGAAAAUCUAGAAGUCACGUCAAUCGAGAAGGUGUACCAUGAAGACAAUGUACAUGGUAUCAAAUGCGGUGAUAAGAAGAAAACUGAAACCAAUGAACUGAAGAGUUCUACGUCAGAUCCGAAUACUGGGAGUGGUAUGGUUUUGACGGUUGUCGGCUCAGUUAUCGCAUUACUGGUUGUGUGUAUCGUGUUUCUGGUUAUUUACAACCGAAAGCUUAAAUUUGAUGUGCGUUCUGGCAACCGACUGAAUGAAUCGAUAAGCUUUAGAGGGUCUUCUAUCCAAAGUGAUUUGCUUUCUUAGAAGCAAUUUUACCAUAAACUUAUGGGAAUUUCAUCAUUGGUACUUUUUGUUUUCAACUUUUGAAACGGAAAACGAGUAACAGGAUUUCGUAUAGUAUUUUUAGCUCAUAAAGUACCAAGAAUUUUAUAGUUUUCCCAUUUUGUAUAGUAUUUUGCUUGUGUUAAUCGAGUAAGUGAAUAUGUACAUAAAUACUUUUGUGAUAUCAAAACGAAAACGAAAAUUG